AUGGAAGCUAGGUCAAGGGAAGAGACUUUAAGGAUGGAGGCUAGAACCAAGCAAUUGGUAGAGGCUGAGAGGGAAAAUUUACUGAGUCAGCUUUCCCAACUCAUCCCCAAUUUUGAUCCAAGCAUGCUUAAACCGAAAACUAGCCCCUGUCAAAACCAAAGUCCCAAAAAUCCAAUGUCUGACAAAGCAAGCUGCUCUGGGGCUGAUGUGAGAUCCCUACAUUUUGAGGAUGAUACUGCCAAAAUGGGGAACAGCAGGAAGAAACGGUAA